GCGCGCGGCCCGGCCCGUCCCGCGAGCUUGCGCCCGCCCCGCGCCUCAGCCCGGCCCCGGGUCCAUCCACCGCCGCCGCCACCGCCAUGGCCCGGCCGCUGAUGCCCAGUUCGCAGAAGGCGCUGCUGCUAGAGCUGAAGGGGCUGCAGGAGGAACCGGUGGAGGGCUUCCGCGUGACGUUGGUGGACGAGGGCGAUCUGUACAACUGGGAGGUGGCCAUCUUCGGGCCCCCCAACACCUACUACGAGGGCGGCUACUUCAAGGCUCGCCUCAAGUUCCCCAUUGACUACCCAUACUCACCACCAGCCUUCCGGUUCCUCACCAAGAUGUGGCACCCAAACAUCUACGAGACAGGGGAUGUUUGCAUCUCCAUCCUCCACCCCCCAGUUGAUGACCCACAGAGUGGGGAGCUGCCCUCGGAGCGGUGGAACCCCACACAGAAUGUCAGGACCAUCCUCCUAAGUGUCAUUUCCCUGUUGAAUGAGCCCAACACAUUUUCGCCUGCCAAUGUGGAUGCCUCGGUGAUGUACCGGAAGUGGAAGGAGAGCAAGGGGAAAGACCGAGAGUACACAGACAUCAUCCGGAAGCAGGUCCUGGGGACCAAGGUGGAUGCUGAGCGUGAUGGCGUCAAGGUGCCCACCACGCUGGCUGAGUACUGCGUGCAAACCAAGGCACCAGCGUCUGACGAGGGCUCGGACCUCUUCUAUGACGACUACUAUGAGGAUGGUGAGGUAGAGGAGGCCGACAGCUGCUUUGGGGACGACGAUGACUCGGGCACUGAGGAGUCCUGACCUGCGGCCCUGAAAUAAACUUACAAAUUUUACCUCAGCAGGACCUGUGUGGGCCUCAGGCGACACUACCUCACAUGAGGUCCCAGCCAUGUCCCCGUGGGUUUACCUUGGCUUCGGGGAAGCCGUGGGGUGGGUAGACACCCACUCUGCUUGAGGAGACCUGGAACCCGAGGCCAUCUGCAUUGUGUCCUCUCUGCUUUGGCGUGUGUGAAACCCAAUAAAGUGGCUUUGUGAAAAGCUGG